GAAAUGGAUUUCUUUGGGAUAUAAGAACCAGACACGCCGGAAAAGUUAGAAGCUCUCUACCAGGAAUCAGAUCCAAACCAUCCAACUACCAUUACAGCCUACCUAUCAACCAUCUAUUACCUUCCACAAUGAAGUGCACCGGCCUCUUGAUCGCAGCUCUUGGUCUUGCGACCUCUUCGGCCGCGUGGGACGUCACAGCAUACCCCUACGUCUCAGACUGCAAUGUCGCAUCCGACGGCUCCUACCGAGUAUAUCUCGGGACCGACAGCAAGACAUGCCAUAAUAUGGCGGGAGGCGACGCCGGCGCUUCAUGCAGACAAUUCUCCGACGGAGGGUUUAGCCAUGGAGACUGCAGCUCCGCGCUGGUCACCCCCGCGAGUGUUCUCGUGAGCGGCUCCAACCAGUGCAAGUUCUACACCCAUACCGGCUGCACAGGUGUGGCGACUACCGUCGAACCCGGCAACGAGAAUGUUUGCCGCGAGGGUGCUUUCCAGUCUUGGGCUUGCAACACCUAGAAAGCGUGGCGACAAACUGCUUGUCGAAGCAUGGAAGACGAUGGUUUUGGAGUGGCUAGCACAUUAGAAGAGUGAAAAGGAGCGAUUGGGUUAUUU